AACCAUAGAAAAGAGUGGAAAACCAUUUUGGUGCGCAUUUUCUUUAUUUUUUUUGCACGUUGUAUGUAAAAAAGCGCUUUUUAUCUCUAGAUAAAACGGAUAUUGAAAUAAGCGCCAUAGAAAUCCAAGUAUCCGAACAUUUCCUUACCAGAAAAAGACUAUGCAGCCUAGAUAUCCUUACGAUUGCGCGCCUGAGCGCCUGGUACGUUGGGCGUAACGAUCGCUCCCAUCAUGCACCUCUCGCGUAGCAAUCGUAAUCGGCAAAAUGGCGUCUUCCAGUUCCUAUGUUUCUAACAGUGAUUUCAUGGAAGAAGUUCGAAAAUGCGACUGUCUGUACAAUAGAUAUCACCCGGAAUACAAACAGAAAGAAAAGAAGGCUGAGUGUUGGGCUGAGAUUGGAGAAAAAUUCAACAUUUCCGCUAGCGAUGCGGAAAAGAGGUUCAAAAACAUACGAACUUCGUACGGUCGCUUUCUCAAACGCAUUCGUGGCAGAUCUUUAACUGUGGGAAGCUUUCCGAUCCCUGAGCAUUUCUACGGUUUGGAUUGGUUGAAUUUCUACAUAUCUCCGAGACAUAGAAUGACAAAGCUACAACAAGUUCAGAACAAUGGGGAUGCCCCAUCGUCUAACGAUGGCGACGACGAUACGAUACACGAGCAUAAAGAAGAUAAACAAGAAGCUACAACGGCUACGACAAAAAACAAUACGGGCACGCGACAAGAGCACUUACAGUCCCGACCAAGCCAAGAAAAAUCGCGUAAUGUUAACCAGAAACCCCUGAACAAAAGACUAGAUGAUGAAGUGGACAGGGCACUUUUUAAGACAGCAGCUUCCAUAUGUGAGAAUUUCAAAGAAAUGGAGAGAAAGCGGCCACACGAGGACUACGAGGAAGAUGGGUUAUUUUUAAGAAGUUUGAUACCGCGAAUGAAAAAGCUUUCCCCUCAAUCCAAGGCAGCCCUUCGUAUCAAAAUCGAACAAGCGUUUUAUGAAGCCGAGUUCUCUCAACCCUCCACUCACGUACCGAUAGUGGUCCAUGUGAACGAACCACAAAUUAAUCAAGAGUUUUAAAAACUUAAAGACACCAGACUUGUAGCCUUGUAGAGACAUGUACAGCUUAAGAUAUCAUGUAAAAAGUCUAAGAUUUGGCAAUUCUUUAAGAAGGAAAGACUGUGCUUUUGCUUUUGGCCGCAUGAUGGCUGCAUGGUGCGAAAGUGCCACACCCUAGGGUAAGUUUCAGAGCACCCAAAGCACUCUCCCUCUGACACCCCCUCCCCUGAGUGGUAAAAUUUGAAAUAAGCUUCUAAUAAGCACCCUCUUUGUAGGAAUUUCCUAUUCCCUUAUUUCUAAUCCUGAACAAAUAUUUGUCUUUGUGUAAUUCCAGAAAAAUCCAUACCCCACCACGGGGGACUGGGAAUUCUAGAGGAUGGGGGGGGGGGGGGGGGGGGCAGUCAGCCCUAUUUUCCUGGGGAGAAAUACCCUAUUUUCCAUAUAAUCACUGUAUUUUGCUGUUGAAAAUUGGUGGGUGUAUGGUUUUUUCUGGAAUUACCCAUUUCUAAUAAAAAAGCACCAAGUUUCUAGAGAGCAUCCCUACUCAAUAGCCUUCCCUGUAAGACCUCUAAAAAGAUAUACAAAUAAGCUGGGGGUGCUAAAAGAAGCAAAUAUGGAACUUGCUAUAAUUUGGGGCUGUACAACUAAUGCUGUAAUGCAGUACAAUGUAAUAUAGUAGGAGGGAUUUUUGAAUCUGUUUGUGGGUGGGUUAUGCCAAUCAUUAAGCUAGCCAAAAAAUAUUUAUAGGUGAAAUUUAGGAACAGUCUGUGGCCAUGUUUGUGUUUUAUUUUUAUGGUAAUUUUUUAACUUUUGAAGCAAGCAUUUACCUUUCUAGUGGCAGUGCAAUUGGCGACCAGGGCUGGUCCAGUGGAGUGUGUUCUCGUCCUCGCUUGGGUUGGGGUACAAAAGAAUCUCCAAAUCUUAGUCUUUUUGCAUAUGAUAUCUAUGAUUGCACACUGUCUCAGUAAAACGCUUGCAAACACUUGCCAUUCAACGUACACACACACAUUAUUGGCCAAGUGUGCAGACUGUGCAUCUGCUUAUUUUUUUAGGUUUUCCAUCUUUUUUAUGGACGAAGAGCAAGACACCUUUGAAUAAGGGCAAUAAAAUAUUUAUUGGCAUCAAUGCAUUAUCUUAGGAAAAUGGUAACUGUAUAAAUCAUUCAUUUUAAAAAGGUUCUAUUAUAGGGGAGAUGGUGUCUUUUUUGCGGUCAUGAACCUCCAUAUCUAGAGCAGGGGGACAGUGAGACUUCUGUAUAGGGAGCCUCUUCGAAGCAAACACAUCUCUAUAAAAGAAGAAGAAGAAAAAUAUGAUUUAAUCUGA